AAAGCCAUCUUAAACACACCAGGUGCAGAGCACAAUACAGUAACCAUGAAUGACAUUGCACAGAAAACUGAGAUUCUGCUUUCUUCAUCUAAACCCGUCCAAAAGUCCUAUGUGCCCAAGCUUCACAAGGGUGAUGUAAAGGAUAAAUUUGAAGCUAUGCAGAAAGCAAGGGAAGAAAGAAAUCAAAGGAGAUCUAGAGAUGAAAAGCAAAGAAGAAAAGAACAAUAUGUUAGAGAGAGAGAAUGGAACAGGAGAAAGCAGGAGAUGAAAGAACUGCUUGGAUCUGAUGAAGACGAUGACACCAAACUAUCUAAAAUAGAAAAGGGUUAUGUUCCAAAGCUAAUAGGAACUGUUAAAGGCAAGUUUGAAGAAAUGGAGAAGCAAAGGCAAGAAGAAGAAAGAAAAAGAACGGAAGAAGAAAGAAAGCGCAGAAUUGAACAAGAUAUGAUUGAGAAAAGAAAAAUUCAAAGAGAAUUAGCAAAAAAGGCACAGGAGAUUGAUGACUUUAACAAUACGGGAACUGAAUCAGCAGCUGAGGAAGGGGAUGAUUCACUGCUAGUUACAGUAGUGCCUGUAAAAAGCACCAGGACACCUGGGAAGACGAAAAUAAACUCUGAGAACACAGGGAAGGAGAGAGCAGAACAAAGAAAGACACAGGAUGAAGAGAUGAAGCUAAAAUAUGAGGAACAAAACCAAUUCCUUAAGGAAUCCAAGUGCCUUUCAUUUGUCAAGGGUGAAAAUGAAAACAGUGAAACUCAAGAGCCUCUGUCUCCUGGUAAGCUGAAAGUCACAUUUGAAGAACUGGAAAGACAAAGACAGGAGAAUCAAAGGCGGCAAGCAGAGGAAGAAGCAAGGCAGCGUUUGGAAGAGGAAAAACGGGCCUUUGAAGAAGCCAGACAGCGAAUGAUAAAUGAAGGUGGUGAUGAAGAAUCUGAAAACGCUGUUAAAGAAUUCCGCCCUGGUAAACUCAGACUCAGUUUUGAGGAGAUAGAAAGACAGAGGAGAGAAGAGGAAAAGAGGAAAGCAGAAGAGGAUGCACGACGACGCAUAGAAGAGGAGAAAAGAGCAUUUGCUGAAGCAAGGAAGAACAUGGUGCUGGAUGAUGAAUCACCAGAAAUGUUUAAAACCUUUUCUCAAGAAUCUCUCAUACCUGGUAAACUGGAAAUUAAUUUUGAGGAGUUGCUGAGACAAAAAAUGGAAGAAGAAAAGAGGCGCACAGAAGAAGAGCGUAGGCAAAAGUUGGAAAUGGAAAGGCAAGAAUUUCAACAGCUGAGACAAGAAAUGGGACAGCUGGAAGAAGAGUCUGAAACUUUUGAGCUAAGCAAAGAAUAUGAAGAAUUAAUGAAGCUAAAAAGAAGUGGUUCUAUUCAGGCAAAGAACUUAAAAAGCAAGUUUGAAAAAAUAGGACAAUUGUCUCAAGAAGAAAUACAGAAGAAGAUUGAAGAAGAGCGAGCAAAGAGAAGAGCAAUGGAUGAAGAAAUAAGAGAAAGGGAAGCUGAAAAAUUUCAAGAGGAUGAUGACGUAGACGUGACACCAGCCAAGAAAUCUGAGGCUCCAUUUACUCACAAAGUAAACAUGAAGGCUCGUUUUGAGCAAAUGGCAAGAGCCAGAGAAGAAGAGGAGCAGAGGAGGAUUGAGGAACAGAAAUUACUACGCAUGCAGUUUGAACAAAAAGAAAUUGACGCAGCAUUACAGAAGAAAAGGGAAGAGGAAGAAGAAGAAGAGGGAAGCAUUGUUAAUGGUUCUACUUGUGAAGAUGAGGAUCAAGCUCGAUCUGGAGCUCCUUGGUUCAAGAAGUCACUGAAAAACACAUCAGUAGUUGAUGGCGAGCCAGUGAGAUUUACAGUUAAAAUUACUGGAGAACCAAAACCUGAAGUUACAUGGUGGUUUGAAGGGGAAAUGUUGCAGGACUCUGAGGACUAUCAAUACAUUGAAAGAGGAGAAACCUACUGCCUUUACUUGCCAGAAACCUUCCCAGAAGAUGAAGGAGAAUAUAUGUGUAAAGCAGUCAACAACAGAGGCUCAGCUGCUAGCACCUGUAUUCUCACCAUUGAAAGUAAGAGCUAGCAUUUUAAUUUGCUUAAUUCCCAAAUAGUCUUCUUGCAUCUUUCCUGUUAUGAAAAUCUAACUACCUGUCUCUCUUAACCCUUUUUCUGUCUCCUAGCUGAUGACUACUAAUGCUCUACUUUAGCUGGAAUCUUUCUUCCCCUCAACUUUCUUACUGCAUUAUCUCUUUCUCUGAUGGGGCCAACUAAAGAAAGCAAGGAUGUGCAUUGAUUUGUCAUUCCUGCAUCAGAUAAGAACACCCUUCAAAUUGUGAGAGUUCCCUACUAAAUGCGAAAAUUAGUAUCAAAGGCUAAAAAGAAGAAAUCAAUGUAUGAAAGAUCAACUAAAGGAAAAAGCUGAAUUACCAUAGUGCUCCAGCAUUUGAAGACCAACUGUUGUGUAACAGAAUAAAGCUGAAUACAUGAUCUGGAAACUUGUGUAGUAGUGUCAAUCUACUGGUGUAUCUUGCAUGAGCACUGAAUGUUUAAGCUGUUUUACUUUAUCCCAGAGGCGCUGAACUGGCAAAGGAAAUACUUACUGAUGAUUUUCAAAAACCCAAGUGUACUAUUUUUGAAGAAUAAAAGAUGACAUAACUGCUCA